CUUGAAAUCUUGAGAAAAGAAACACAAAUAAUAUAAGCUCCAAAAAUUGUAUUUGGCCCUGCCCUGCCCUUUUGAGUUUGGACAUAUCCAGUCUACUGAAAGCAAGAAAAUCUCAUCUGGGUUAGCUGAGAGAAAAAAAAAACCAGUCAGAACCACGUUGAAAAAUUCCAGUCAUAUUUUGUUAUGUGUAAUGGCUAAUGCUGUUAAAAACCAGGUUGGUGGUGUGCCAGAAAACUUAAGGAAACAGCUUGCAGUUGCUGUAAGGAGUAUCCAAUGGAGCUAUGCAAUCUUUUGGUCUUUAUCAGCUACACAAGGGGAGCUUCAAUGGGGUGAUGGUUACUACAAUGGAGACAUCAAGACUAGGAAGACAGUGCAAGCAUUUGAGCUUAAAGCAGAUAAAAUUGGUCUACAGAGGAGUGAACAAUUGAAAGAGCUUUAUGAAUCUCUGUUGGAAGGUGAUUCUGAUCAAACUAAAAGAUCUUCAGCUGCAUUAUCUCCGGAGGAUUUGUCUGAUACAGAGUGGUAUUACUUGGUCUGCAUGUCCUUCGUAUUCGAUACCGGACAAGGGUUGCCGGGAAAAGCACUGGCGAGUGGUGAAACCAUAUGGUUAUGCAAUGCUCAACAUGCAGAUAGCAAAGUAUUCUCCCGCUCUUUGCUUGCAAAGAGUGCAUCUAUUCAGACUGUGGUAUGUUUUCCCUACCUUGGAGGUGUUAUUGAGCUUGGUGUGACUGAACUAGUUCUGGAGGAUGCGAAUCUGCUUCAGCAUAUUAAAGCUUCCUUGCUGGACUUCUCAAAGCCUGUUUGCUCCGAGAAAUCUUCUUCGGUCUCUCAUAAUUCAGAUGAUGACAAAGAUCCUAUAUGCGCCGAGAUCAACCAUGGGAUAGUUGAUUUGUUGGACUUGGAGAACCUCUAUUCCCCUACAAAGAAAAUCAAAUUUGAUCACGAGGAAUUCAAUGAAUUUCGUGAAAGUAUCAAUGAAGAUUUCGAUAUCGUUUCCGCUGACGAGUGGUCGAAUGGAGGCGAACAAAAUCAUCAGAUGGAUGACUCAUUCAUGGUCGAAGACGUGAAAGGUGUUGCUUCUCAAGUUCAAAGUUGGCAUUUCGUGGAUGGCGACUUUGGUAUUCAAGAAAAAGCUGCAAUCUCCUCUCCCAAGCUGGAAAGUGUAAGCCAUUCUCGUUUUAAAGAACUCCACGAAGGCAAUCAAACGAUAAGCUCAUUGGAUCUCGAAGUUGAUGAUGACUUGCACUACAAGAGAACUGUUUCUGCUGUUCUAAGAAGUUCAAACUGGUCGAUCGAAAGCCCCGGUUUUCGUACCUGUGGCUAUAAAUCUAGUUUUGUCGGAUGGAAGAAAGAAUGGAUGACAAAUUUUUAUAGACCAAGGGUACAACAAAACAUAUUUAAAAAGAUUCUAUUUGCAGUGCCUCUAAUGCAUGGAGGCAAUUUUCUUUGGUCUGUGAAGGAAAAUGGUAGAAAAGAUUGCCUUGGGAAACCGGAAAAAGAUGAGAAUGCCAUACGAUGUGCCUUGCCAGAGAGAACUAGGGAGGAAGAGAAAUUCCGGCUCCUCGGGUCAAUGGUUCCUUCCAUCAGUGAGGUUGACAAAGAAUCAAUUCUCAAGGAUACGAUUAAGUACUUGAAAGAACUGGAAGAAAGGAUAGAAGAACUGGAAUAUUGCAAGAAUUCGAUGGAGUUCGAGGCAAGGCUAAGACGGAAUUGCCUGGAUGCGGUGGAGCAGACAUCAGAUAAUUACGAAACCAGGACAGUUGACAAUGCCAAGAAGUCUUGGAUAAACGAGAGGAAGGCUUGUGACUUUGAUGAAAGCCUCCAAGAAACCGGUUCGGAUUUAAAGAGGAGUACACCAAAAGAUGGCCUUGCACCUGAUGUGAGAGUAAGCAUAAAAGAACUGGAAGUUAUAAUUGACAUAAGGUGUCCUUCCAGGGAAUUCUUGUUUCUGGAUAUCAUGGAAGCUAUAAACAACCUACAUUUGGAUGCACACACAGUUCAAUCGAGAACUCUCGACGGUCUCGUUACAUUAACCCUGAAAUCUAAGUUUCGAGGAGCAGCCAUUGCACCUGCAGGGAUGAUCAAACAAGCCCUUCAAAGAGUUGCAAUUAAGUGAGGAUGAGAAACCACAUCAUAAACUAUCAUCAAUCGGUGUCUAGUUUGUAGGAUUUCAGGGUUCAGUAUGCUGAAUUAUUGUUUUUGGGUUACUUGGUAACCAAGCAAAUGCAGUGGUAAAUGAAGAAGAAGACUGAUAACAAAGCAUUUGUUGUCAGCCAUUGUAGCCUUCCUCUUGUCUACUGUAUUGUU